CCACCCUUUAACCUUGGAGCUGGCAUUGUCAUUGAUGAUCUACACUGCCUCUAUUUAGGGGUUGUCCUAAGCAUGCUGAAGUACUGGUUUGAGAAGGGAAAUAAAGGGAAACCAUUCUACAUUGGUGACAAGAUUGAAUUUUGCAACAAGAGGCUUCUAGGCAUUAAAGUGCCAGACAUUAUUUCCCGGGUGCCUCAUACCUUGCACGAAUUCAAACACUGGAAAGGCUCUCAACUGAAGGCAUGGCUUUUGUACUUUGCUGUACCAGUGUUGUGUGGAGUCCUACCUGCUACAUUCAUGAAUCACUUCUACCUUUUGGUUGCGGCUGCCCAUUUCUUAUCAUCAGAGAUGAUAACCAGUAGACAUAUUGACCUGGCCGAAGGCUUUCUUACUCAAUUUUACAUGCAGAUGUCAGCCUUGUAUGGAAAAAAGAAGUGUACUAUGAACUUUCACAUGCUUUCUCAUUUCACUGAGUGUGUCAGGAACUGGGGCCCAUUGUGGGUAUACUCAUGCUUUCAUUUUGAGUCCAUGAAUGGGCAAUUAAAGUCCUUCUUUCAUGGAACAAGGGACAUGACCCAGCAGGCUAUAUUUUCUUUUGCGAUGAUGCAAUCACUGCCAAGUUUAGCAAUAUCAAGUGAAUGCCCCCAAAUGAAAGCCUUACUAGAGGUUUUAUUUGAUCGCAAAAAACAAGCCUGCCACCCCACUUACACUGGGCUACCCACAGCAGUUGUUGGUGGUAAUACGUUAAUGCUGCCAUCCCCAACACUUCAAGCAGUUUGUCCGGAAGUCAGAAGAAACUCUCGCAUUAACGUGUUUUAUCGACUCUCUCUUCAAAAUUGCCUGUAUUACAGCAAAAAGUACCAUAGAGUAAAGAAGAGAAACAGCUACACCGUUAAGUUUCUCUCUACUGGUGGUUCCGUAGCUUUGGGCCAAAUUGACUACUUCAUUUUGCUGGACAAUUCUUUCCUACUUGCUGUCGUAACAAAAGCUAUUCCAAAUGCUCUUAUGCAUGAGAAAUUAAACGGUGCAAUCGAAGCUUUAGACAAAGUGAUCGUGCCUGUGUCAUUUGGUCCUGGAGUUGAAGUAAUACCUGUUUUGAACAUAUUAUGCAAAUGUGUGUGUGUAGACAUCCUAUCUACUGAAAAGUAUAUUAUUUUAAUCCCAAAUACUGUGUUUGGAGACUAAUUUUUUUAUCCACUAACAGUAAUGAUUUUUAUGAACAGUAUACAAAUGAUUAUUUCAUGGAAUAUAUCGCUUGGACUUGA